AUGUCCUCCUCGUCUGGGCUCCCCGCGGUCGGCGCCCACUGCGCCCUCGCCGCCUGCAAUCUCAACGACUUCCUCCCCAUCCGCUGCCAGUGCGCCGCGCUCUUCUGCGCCGCCCACAUCGCCCCCGACGCCCACGCGUGCCCGCUGCUCGCCGCCACCCCGCGCGGCGACCAGUCCGAAAGCUUCAAGCUCGAGCGGUGCGCCGCGGCGGCGUGCACGAAGCCCAGCCUCGAGUCCUUCGUCGCCCGCUCCGCCGCGGUCGAGGGGCGAGUGCCGGCGCUGUGCCCGGGGUGCGGGCGUGCGUUCUGCGCCGAGCACCGCGAACCCGCCGCGCACGCUUGCGCUCCGCCACCGCCAGACCCCGCCGCGCCUCCCGCCCCGGUCAAGAACGCAGCGGCGAAGGCGCUCCUGGCGGCGCACUUCGGCACACCGGCCUCUCGCGAUCGGGCGGGGUCCAAGCCAGCCGCGGCGGGCUCUGCGCGGGCGCAGGAGGCGAAGCGCAAGGUGGCCGCGAUGAAGAUGCGACAGCAGGCCAAGGCGGGAGACCCGAAGGAUGCAGCUGCGUCCGUCGCCGUCGACCAGCGGUUGCACGUCCGCGUCGCACAGGCGGGGCAGCCAGCGACGGAGCGCGUCUUCUGGUUCCGAAAGGGCUUGGUUGCCGGCAGGGCACUCGACAUGCUCGCCACCCACUUCCGGAUGACCAUCAGCGACUCCCAGCCUCUCAGACUGCUGCUCACCGACAACGGCGCAGAUGGCGCCGCUCUGCAGAACGAUCGGCCACUUGAAGAGCAGAUCUCCGACGGUUCGACCCUCGUACUGAGCAGGUAA